AUGAUCACCAUGUUCGAGGCAGAUUUCAUCGUUUACUGUUCGCUCCGCCGGAUGGGCGGACGAGUCAGGAGCCAUGGCCACGAGUCUACCGCGUUCCACUGCCGUCCGAGAAACGACGUUGUCCAGUUAAACGAGCAGGGCAUACAUGCCGCCGCACGAUUUAUUCACAAUCGUCUCCAGACAGAGUCGUACACCCCCGUACCUGGCGUACACAUCCACUCCACCUCCUCCCUCCUGAACCCUACUCGCCGCCGACCCCUCACUCGCGCCUGCCUCGACUGGAUAUUCGUUAUAUCCUCGCUCAACUUCAGGGUCCCCGAUCGGUACGGCGUGGAAUGGCGGACCGCGUGGGGGAGUAAGGAGAGGAAGGUGCAUACGGGAUACUGGGCGUUAGUCGCUGCUAUGGACAGAGCUAUUGAAGAGGGCAUCCCUAUAACUGACCCGGAGUUCUACUCGUCAAGUACGGAGUGCCCGGACGAAGUGAUCGAGCAUGUCUUCCGACCGGCUGCACAAUGCAGCGAGACGAUUCCCCUCCUCAAAGAGCGAAUUAAUAUUCUGCGCGAAAAUGGGCAUAUCUUGUGCAAGCAUUAUGGCGGCUCCUUCCAGGGUUUCUGCGACGCCUUUUUACGGAAAUAUAACAGCAAGGGCACGAGUCUGCAGCUCGUCCAAUUGGUAGUCGACACAUUCCCCUCCUUUCGAGAUGAGGCGGUCCUUGAGGGACAAAAGGUCUGCUUCUGGAAACGUCCCCAGAUCCUCGUCGCGGAGACUUGGGCGGCAUUCUUCCCGGAACAUGGCUCACCACAUCCGUUGUUCCCCGCCGACGCCGCCAUCAGCCAAUUGACGAUGUUUGCCGACUACCGCGUCCCGCAAAUACUCCACCACCUACGCAUCCUAGACUACCCUCCGGCCCUUGUGAAAAACUCCGACGAGAUCAGCAUCCGUGCCGCGAGCAUUGUGGCCGUGGAGAGAGUCCGACAGGACAUUCUGCGUCUCCAAGCGCCAUCGAAUGGGAGAGCGGGGACAGAUGGUGAAGUGAGCAAUGUGUUGAUAGACUUCUACCUAUGGGACUUGGCGAAGAGGAUUGAGGGCGGCGAGGAUGUCGUCAAAGAUAUAGAUACAAACGAUCCCCUACCCAUACACCGGACGAGGAGUAUUUGGUAUUGA